ACAUUAAAAGAUCAAGAUGCAGGAUAAAAAGUCUCGGAAGAAGUAAAACAAAACGAAACUUCUUGAAACUCGCAGGUGAAAGAGUUAGCAAAGGCGGUGGAGGUGAUGGUAGUGUCUGAUAUAGUGGUGGUUACAGUGGUAGACUGGCGGGUAGGGGGGAGAGAAAGAGGGAGAGAGAGAGAGAGAGAGAGAGAAAGCGGUAGUGGUGGUGGUUUAAAUGAUGGUGGUGGUGGGAGACAAGGGUAGUGGUUGUGGCGCGCCAGCGAUUAAUGUAAAUAAAAGAAUCAUAAACAAACAAGGGGGUAGGUGGUGAUGAUAUGAGGGUGGGCAAAUAUAUGAAGGUAGAAGAUGAAGGGGGAAGGAUGAUAGGGGAACAAGAAGAGGAAUUAAGCUUAAAAAAAAUAAAAAAUAAAAAAUAUAAAAGAGGUGGGCCUGGCAGUAUUGAGCUGGAACCCGCAUAAUGACAGAUCGCGGAUGAAAGCGACUCAUUGGACAAUUCCCAUAACUGAGAACAAUUUCCUCGUGCUAUAUAUAAAAGCCGAGGCAGCGGGUCCCUUCAAAAUACCCUGAUUUAAGCAGAUAAACCCCUAUCAAGGUGCGAAAGACGGGGAAGAGAAGAAGGGGUACAAGAAAAGAGAUCAUCUCUGUGCAGACGCAAGACGUAAACAGCUAGGUUUUAGCUUGUCAAAAAAAAGUUUCAGCAAGACCCAUCAAGCGUUCAGCCAGCAUCCUAGUCAUCAUACCUCCAUAAUAUAUACACUCACAUACACACACCCAUAUGUGAUAUCUUCGUAUAUAUAUAAAUAUAUAUUUAUAUAUGCAGGUAUAUAUGCGUAUGUAUACUAUUGAUGUAGCUAAAACGGGAUCAAAUUAAGAAGCAAAAGAACCAGGCACAAAAUAACUAUAUUUUAAAGAAGGACUCACUUGAAUGGAGCAGCAGUGACAAUGACACUGACAGAGAGUUCCAAAUAUUCUGUUGGUAGCCAGCCUCCAUUAGGACCUGUUGCACCCUUAUCCGUAAGCCAUACUAAUAGCAGCAAGGAAACAUCACACCACUGGGAUGUUAAUGACUCAAUGUUGCCUAUGGUUGCUCAAUUCGAUGUUUUUGAAGAAUGGCCGAACGGUCACAGCCGGUUUGUUUACGGAACAGAGCUAGAAGAAGCUAGACGACAUGCCAGCGGUUGGGCAAUGCGCAAUACUAACAAUCAUAAUGUUCAUAUUUUGAAAAAGUCCUGUCUCGGCGUUCUCGUGUGCAGUCUCGACUGUUCACUUAAUGAUACAGGAAAUAAAGUACAUUUACGUCCUGCUAUAUGUGAUAAAGCCAGGAGGAAGCAAAUUGGUAAACCUUGUCCAAAUUCUAAAUGUGGCGGCCAUCUUGAAUUAUUAUCAUGUCGAGGUCAUUGCGGUUAUCCAGUGACACAUUUCUGGAGACAUCUCAAUAGCGCCAUCUAUUUCCAAGCAAAAGGCGUCCAUGAUCACCCUAGACCGGAAAUAAAAUCGUCAGCCGAAGCCCGCCGCCAACAACAAAACUGUAAACAGCAAAAACGGCUUCAGGCUCGUGGUUAUCGUGGUAAAAGACGGGGACGUCAAACCAGCGCAGAAAGACCGACCAAGAGACAUAAAGUUUCACAAACUAAUUCUGUGUUGUGUUCCUGUCCACCAUUCGAAUGCACGUGUUCUCAGCGUACAAGCAGUGCAAAUAGCGUUCCAUCCGGACCUUUUCCAGCUUGGAUGUCUGGAACUGUGGAUAACAAUGAUAGUUAUAUCCAGAACUCAUUCUUGCCAUCAAACCCAGAAGCUAUGCCUUCAUAUCAUCAAAACAAUAUGGUUAAUGACUGUCGUAUUUCGCCAACAAAUAGACCGGAUAUCAGUGAAACAAAGCAACUUCCAACUGUGUACCCUAUGCAACCUCGCCUUAAACUUGGUCAGUCUCCGAUCAGGUCACCGCUGACUUCAUUAAGUCGAAGUGUUGGACACACGAAUAUAAACCGCACAUUCGAACUAGAGUCAUGUGACAAGAUACCAGUUGAAGAGUGGACUAUUACAAAACGACGUUCACAGUGUGAAUAUGAAAGCCAUUUUGACAGAAGUGUUUAUACACCAGGUAAACAACAGGAUUCGAUGUUUUACCGCAACAGACAAGUUACCUACAGUACAAUAUAUUCUGGUUUGCCUAGUCUUCCCUAUGAAACAUACAACACACCACAGCAACAUCGAGCCCCUUCAGAUAACUUCAAUUUGAAUGGAAGUUGGUCAAACCGCCAUCCACGUAAUAGUCCAAACCCCGAGUUUGGAUGGGAACAUGGAAGUGGUAAUAUAUCUUGUGGAAAACCGGCUGAAAAUAGAGACUACCCGUCCAGACAAGGGUCUUAUAGAGAGUCUGCUUCAUGGCUUCCUGAGCAUGAAACUAGACCUUCUCAGAUGCCCUCAGCAACCCGAGGCAUGGCCGACAUGUGUUGCUCUUACCCACCUAAACAUAGUUCUUUAAGGGAGCCAAUCAAAAUGGACCUGCAUGAUGAUGUAAAACCUUGUCCAACUAUUUUAGACAGUUAUCCCCCGAAAACAAGACUUUCCAGCGUACCAGAUCGUUCUUCUGCUUCGAUAUCUCCAUGUUUUCUCGAACUGAAAUCCACUUCAAACUUCUCCAAAAGUCUUACAGACACCGAUCCAAACCUGACCGGCGAAGCUGACAAACAUGACAAUCGAAAAUCAGAUUACCACUGGCUUCGCUUUCAGGAACCUAUUACACCCGCACCAUCGUCGUUUGAUAGAGAUUCUUUGACAUUCGACCCCUUACACCCCAGCAACUCAAGUAAAGGUCCUCGCACCGAAAUGCAGAUCCCCUGCAUGCAAAAUUGUGAUUAUGACGGGAAUUUAAUUCCUGUCUAUGGUGACCAAUCAGCGUCUUCAACAGCCAACGGUUGUAAUUCUAUGAAACAAAAUUUGUGUAACCACAGCAUUAAUAUAACCCUUACGUACAGUUAGAGACACAUAAGAGGGUAUUAUAUGGUGUUAAUAAUCCUCAUAUUUGCAUAUGCUUAUGGACGUUGAAAAAAAUUAUUAUUUCCUUUAAAAGGAAAAGAUAAUAUAUAUUUAUUUUUCAAAUUUAGAUUUGAAUAUAUUUUACUAUAAAUUAUCCGAGAAUAACGUCAUAACUUAGGAAGUAAUUUCCUGUCGAGCAAGCAAACCGGUUUCAUUUCCUGGUUGAAGUCUGUUCACGCCGCUUACAACACUAUCAUUGAAAACAAUACUAACGUCGUACACAUUCAUUUAUUUCUGCUUUCAUGUCGAUACGAUCAGUGAAGAGCAGGUUGAGUCACAAAAGCACCGGACUAAAGAUUUUAUAGUAUUUACUUUCGCUUCCAAUAUUUUUUUAGCUGAAAUUCUGUCGUGGACUCUGCUCUGCUUUUCAUUCUUCUAAGCUCGUAAUAUAAUCCUCAGAUUUCAAUUACGCUGUUUGUCUCAUCAAUCGACAAUAUCCAUUCGUUCCCCAGUAUACAUUAGUCAAGUACCUCAGAAAACACUAUUAAAUUAUUUUGAUACGGUUUUUAUUGAAUUCCUAUUCCUGCUGCCUUUUAAAAAUCUGUCUAUAUUUGUUAAAUCGUUCCUCUUUUUUUUUUUUUUUUCACACUCGACACUAUGGUUGAAAUUCACCUCAAUAUUUCACCUUCAUCAUUCUGUAACACAUCCACAGUUUUAAGUAACGUACAUGUUUUUUUUUUUUUCUAGUUAGGCACCAUUCUAAGUGUUGCUUAUAAAAGCAGUGAUGAGAUCACAUCUAAAUGGAAACUUUCUGAAGAGAGGUGAAAGAGACUCUCCAUCAAAGACUGCAAUUGAUACAUAUAUAAAAUAUCCGUCAAUAUUUAUAACAGAAAAUAGAACGAAGGGCUUGCAGAAACAUUAUAGUACCCGCGCGAAAUGCUUAGCGGUAUUUCGUCUGCCGUUACGUUCCGAGUUCAAAUUCCGCCAAGGUCGACUUUGCCUUUCAUCCUUUCGAGGUCGAUAAAUUAAGUACCAGUUACGCACUGGGGUCGAUGUAAUCAACUUAAUCCCUUUGUCUGUCCUUGUUUGCCCCCUCUAUGUUUAGCCUCUUGUGGGCAAUAAAGAAAUAAGAAACAUUAUAGUACCCAUGUAAAUACAAUUAUUGUAAUAACUUUCAGCUCUUAAUGUUCUGAUUUCAAAUCCUGCCUGGCACAGGCUUGCUAUCCAUCCCUCUAGGAUUCCAUAAAAUAAAUGACUUGUCAAUAUCAUUCCGUCAAAAAACUGACCUUUCGCCUUCUUCUAAGAGACCAAUAUUUAUCAACCGCAAAAGACUGUUGCUCUAACAUUUGUGAUAAAUCUUUACCCUAAAUGGGAAUGUUGUUAUUAUUUGUUUUUUUCUUUUCUUUUAAGAUUAUGUUGUGUCAAUUUGUAUUUAAUAUUUUAAACUAUAAUUAAUACAAUACAGAAAGUUGUAAGAUAAUUUAAAUAUUGGCAAAGGGUUGUAUUAUGUACACAACAUUAAUUUAACAAUUUUGAUAUGUUACAGCAAAAACAACAAUCAUUUCAAUUGAAACUUUCAUAAUGUUUUUGUUUUUUAAUUUGCGGAGAGACUAGAAGAUACAAACGUUUCGACCUUCGUCUCCCUGAUCGUGUUUUUUUUAGAAUACUCUGAGACAAAGUUUGUGACAUGCUGUCCACUUUGACAUACACCCAUAUUACGCACUCCUCUCUCUCUCUCUCUCUCUCUCGCUCUCUCUCUCGCUCUCUCUCUCGCUCUCUCUCUCUCUCUCACUCUCUCUCUCUCUCUCACACACACACACAUAUACUGACACACACACACAGACACGUGCAUAUAUAUAUUAUAUAUUAUAUUAUUAUAUAUCAUAUAUAUAUAUAUAUAUAUAUAUUUGUGUAAAAAUCAGAACAAAUCAGUGUCAUGGCAAUCACAUUACCCAUCACACCAGCUUUUCUGAGGAGUGUUGGGAUUAGGUUUACUCCUAAAUCUUGUGUGCGACACCUAUAAGUAAGACUGGCUGAAAUGAAU